AUGACGUCAUACGCGUUCUUGCGAUCGGGAUAUAAAGAACGACAAGAAAGUUUGCACGUUGUAACGAAUGCACUUGUAAGCAAGGUUCACGUUGUCACUGGCGAGAACGGUAAACAGAAAGCUACUGGUGUGAAGUACAUCAAAGAUGGUAAAAUAAACAACGUUAGAGCCAGAAAAGAAAUUAUUUUAUCGGCUGGUACAAUAAGAACUCCACAACUUUUGAUGUUGUCAGGAAUCGGACCGAAAAAUCAUUUAAAAAAGUUGAAGAUAGAAGUUGUAAAGGAUUUGCCAGGCGUGGGAGCGAAUCUUCAAGAUCAUAUGGGGCUUUACGUUUAUCACGCAAUUGACGACUACCUGUAUGCAACACAAUCAGUAAGUACAGUGUGUGAGAGAGUAACAAAAAAAGAUUUCAUGAAACUUCACAUCGGAGCAAUGUCUAAAUUAGCAAAAAUUUGGUAUAGGUUUAAUACCGCACUGUUAUUGGGAGUUCAGCAUCCUAAAUCAAAGGGUGCAAUUCGAUUAAAUUCGACGAAUCCGUUUAACCAACCUAUUAUUGAUCCAAAUUAUCUAUCCGAAGAAGAUGAUAUAAAGAUGUACAUUGAAGAUGAGCUAAACAGAAAGCAGAAACCUUUCAUUAGCUUGGUUCUCAACAGGCUAUUUUCAGGAUUUAGAAAGCUGGAAGAAUUCGAAAUGUCACAAACUAUGAAAGGAAUCGGGUUUCGCCUGAUAACACCAGAAGUAUGCAACGGAUCGCUCUACACUAAGCCUCCCAGGCCCGAUGAGUUAUAUCGAUGUUACGUGAAAAAUUAUGGUGUUGGAUAUCACGCAUGCUGUACUGCUAAAAUAGGAAAAGAAAAUGAUGAAAUGGCAGUCGUUGACGAAAGACUUAGGGUUCGAUAUGUCGAAAGCCUGAGAGUUGCCGAUGCAUCCGUCAUGCCUCAUGAGACUUCAUCUAACACCCAAGCUCCUUGUUAUAUGAUUGGACGGAAAGCUUCAGAAAUGAUAAAGGAAGAUUGGAACAUAUAA